GGUUCACAAUUUCACAGUAUCAGCCUACAUAGAACUCUGUUGAUGGAUAGGGCUGGACGUAAACGUAAAGCGGAAGAUGAAAAUGAAGAGCUACAAAAGGCAUUACGAUCUUUUGAAGACGAGUUCGGCGGUCUCGGCGGAAGCUUGGAUCGCGGGCCAAAGGCGUUUAUACGUUCCGAAGUUGUGAAUGCGAAUAAAACAGUGAGCGCUGGAAAACCACAGCUUUAUAAACCCGAACCUAUGGUUACCAUUCAACGUACCCUUCCAAUGAGUGGGAGCUCCUUUGAGGAGUCCAAGAGGCUUGCUGCUGAGAAAGCACGUCGAAUGCUGGAAGAAGCUCACAAAGGCAAGGGGCCUCCACCGCAGGUCAUACCUUCAAGUGCUACUCGUCCAGUUACGAGACCUCCCAGACCUGGUGCUGGUCGAUCUGUGCAAAAAAGCAAAACCAGUAACUUGGAGGCGUUCAAAGAAGAGCUGAAGAAAGUGCAACAAGAACGAGACCAACGCAAAGGUCUUAGAGAUCAUCUUCGAGCUGAGUUGGGUGUUGAUGCGGAAGCUCUUGAUAAGAUAGCACCUGCAUUAGAUAAGCCAUAUAUGGGAAGCGGAGAAUACGAUGAUGAUCCGUACACUACAAAUUUGUACAUUAGCAACCUACCACUAGAUAUGACUAUGGAAGAUUUAUUUGAUUCUUUUGGAUCUUUCGGACCGCUAGCUUCGGCAAAGAUCCUUUUCCCGCGCACAGAAGAGGAGAAAAGACGGGAGCAUCUGUGCGGUUUCUGCGCUUUUAUGUCGAGAGAAGAUGUUGAUCGAGCCCUAGCUCAAAUGAUGGGGUUUUUCAUCCGUGGUGAACCUAUUAGAAUGUCAUUUGCCAAACCCAUAGUCAUUCCGGCUCAGCCUUUUUACGUUCCUCCACCUUUGUUGGAUUUGAGCGCACCCGAUCCGAUCACUGAGCUACCAUUCAAUGCCAAGCCUCUAUAUGCAGACUUGAUGGCCUAUAAAGAGAAAUUUGGUGAUCUACCACACUAUGGGACACCGAUAAAUUUCGAAGGGGAGCAGAAGGAGCUCUACGACAAGAUGAUCAAGAACGCGACAGUUCGUGUAGUGAUUCCGUCAGACAGCCAUCUCCUCCUCGUCAUUCAACAUGUCGUGGAAUUUACCAUACGCGAGGGUCCCCUCUUCGAAGCAAUGUUGAUGACUCGCGAGAGGACCAAUCCUCUGUUUCGGUUCCUUUUCGAGCUUAAUCAUCCCACCCAUGUCUACUAUCGGUGGAGGCUAUUUUCAAUCUCGCAAGGGGACACCUUCCUGGAAUGGCGACGUGAAAAGUUCAAAAUGUUUGAUGGUGGAUCGUGGUGGCAGCCACCCAUUCCGCAAGUGGAGCUCUUCAGUUGCAUGCCUCGUUCACUGCACAGUUUCGCUUGUACUCUUACCGAGCCUAGCCGGUGGCUUCCUAAGCUAGAUCAAUCCGGGCAGCGGACAACUCGUACGCAUGAUAAUAGAGCGAGACAGGACAGGUCGAGAAGUCCCAAGGGAGACAUCAAAAAAUCAAAAGCACGGCUACGAAAAAGUCAGCGAAAGAAGCUGGAGCAAAUUCUCAGAGAGCUCACACCAGAGAGCGAUAGCAUUGGAUAUGCUAUGGUUUGGUGUGCGGAUCACGCAACUUGCGCUAGAGAAAUUUGUGAAUGUAUAUAUGAAUCGCUCACAAUAGACGAAACUCCUUUGCAUAAGAAGAUCGCAAGAUUGUAUUUGAUAUGCGAUCUUCUCGCUAAUGCUGCAUCUCGAGGAGUCAGGGAUGUGUUUUAUUUUAGACAGUAUUUCGGUGAUCUCUUGACAAAGAUUUUCUCUGCACUGGGUCGUACUCUUAGAAACAUCAGUGCGAGGCUGAAGGCUGAGCAAUUCAAACAGCGUGUUAUGUUGUGUUUUCGGGCUUGGGAGGAAUCGGUAUUGUACCCUACGGAUGUGCUCGUUAAUAGUCAAAACAUAUUCCUUGGUUUGACGGAGAGCAAAACAUCAGAUGAAUCAGAUGAAGAUUUGGAUGGUGCGCCAUGCGACAUCGAUGGCGUUCCUAUAGAUGAUGACCGAAAUAUGCCCAUUUUUGACGACAGCGAUGAUCAUCGUGCCGGUACAUCUUCAGAGCAAACCAGAAAACCUACGGGAAUGUUCAAAUCUGGAAACUGGAGCACGAUUGGCACUGUUGAGCCAGUAAAAAGUAAAUGGGAGGAAGAUGAUGCAGAAACGUCUUCGAAAGAGCAAAACUCCAGUCCUCAACGAGAAGAAAGGGAUACAAACGCAAUUAGUACUCGCACAAAAGAGAGCGACGACAGCGAUACUGACGGAGAGAUUGAGGAAAAGGAGGAUAUACUUGCCAGUGCUGCUAUGGAGGAGGAGCGACGAAAACUGAUGCGAGAAGUAGAGGUGAAAAUAAUGGCUUUGCAAGACGAACUCGAGAGCAAGAAAGAUCCCGAUAUUGCUUCGAAGGUCAAAGCUCUGCGGGAAAAGGAAAUGGCCGAAGUGGAGAGUAAUCUUGCUGCGUUGGUCAAAAAGCGGAUGAAGAAAGAAAAGAAAAAGGGGAAGAGAGAUACCAGGAAAGACACGAAGGAUGAUUACUCCAAAUCUAAUCGCGAUUCGGAACGUUCGGAUCGAAGGAGGGACACUCGUGAUACGGACUCACGGAUCGAGACAGGGACCGCGAUAGACGUCGUAGUAGAAGUAGAGAUAGGAAACGUGACUCUAGUCGGGAUCGCUCAAGACGUGAUCGACGCUAGAAUCCUUACAGCGAGCUCAUGGUAUAAUCGUGUCAAGUGUAUGGAUGUCAAGCGAAAAAGAAUGGCUUGCAACUCUAAGUGAUUGUGGAUUACGUUCUAUGUCAUGGUGAUCAAACCAAGGUCACUGAAAUGAAGCGGUCCGCGUUAUCGUAUAAGUUUUUUUUGCAGGUUCUGUGUUUAUUGUUAUGAUUGAUUUGGUCCUUGUAAUGUGAAUUUGUUGUUUUGUCGUUGUUAUUAUAUGUAUUCAAGUCAGUGAGAAUGAAUAUAUCUA